AUGUCUGUUACCGAUGUUUUGUGUUGCCUAACAAAUUGCUAUCAGAGCCCUUCUUCUAAUGGGACCAAAAAAGGACGCACCUAUGGAGGUUGUCGAGGAGGCUUGGCAGAUCUACAGUUGGGGUUUCGGUCGGAAUUGAUGGGGGUUCGAUCUGAUUUCCAGCACUUACCCCAAGAGAUGGAUACGUUGAAAUCGGAAUUUGCUUCAAUGCAGAAGAAAAUGGACUUCAUGGUGGCUCAAAUGACUCAGUUCUUCCAAGCAGCUAGGCAGCCCCGACCAGAGACGACUGCAGCUAGCAUUGACAGACAGCGGAAGGCGGUGGAGGCAGAGAAUUCGUCGGCGGCGGGACCGGCUACAAAUGCUCCAGGUCCAUCUUCCCAUCCUCACUUCCACAGGUCCGAUCAGUGGCCUUCGCCAGAACACCCACACGGUCGAGACUACCGGCCACCACGAAUGGAGCUUCCGUUGUUCUCCGGCGACAAUCCCGACGGCUGGAUAUUCAGAGUCAAGCGUUUCUUUCUUCUGAACAGGAUGCCCGAGGAACACAUGCUAGAGGCGGCAAUCAUUGGAUUAGAGGGAGAUGCUCUAUCCUGGUUUCAAUGGGAAAAUCAAAGGCGGCCGAUAACGUCCUGGAUGGCGUUGAAGACAUUAUUGCUGUUACGAUUCCACACAGUUGCAGUAGGUUCCACGGCGGAGGAGUGGUUGUCCGUGGUGCAGGAGACCACUGUCAAGGACUACCGCCUGAAAUGGGAGACACUGGCAUCUCGGGUCAGUGGGGUACCCGAACAUAUUUUGGAAGGGAGUUUUGUUAAGGGGCUGAAGGAAGAAAUCAAAGGGCCCUUGCACAUUUUGCAACCCGUGGGCCUAGCCCAGAUAAUGGAGACGACCCAACGUAUAGAGGAAGGGCAACAAUUGUUGUUAUCAGGCCCAAAUGUUAAGGUACCAGCUGCUAAGCCCACCCCCGGAAACACAUCCUUUCCUCGAUACCCUCCCUUCUUCUCGUCCAGGAGCUUGCCGCCAGCUACAUCUUUUGGGUCAUCUUCCACGGCGCCGUCGUCCACCACGGGGGCUAAGUUGUCCCCGCCGAUCAAGCAACCACAAGUGCGCCGGCUGACAGAGGCCGAAUACCAAGAUAAAAGGGCUAGAGGAGUUUGUUUCAGGUGUGAUAAAAAGUUUCAUAGGGGCCAUGAAUGCGAGCAGAAGACGCUGCAAGUUAUGUUAAUCAUGGACGAGGAAGACAGUUCACCAACUCUGGAAUCACCACCAGCAACUCCAGACUCAUCCUCAGAAGACACCACCGAAGAAACACUUGCAACAUUAUCUCUCAACUCCUUAGUAGGGAUCUCUUCUGCCCAUACCAUGAAGUUGGCUGGGAAAAUAGGGCAGCAACAGGUCACUGUGCUUAUUGAUAGUGGCGCGACACAUAAUUUUAUAUCGUCGGGAGUAGUUCGGGCAGCUAACAUACCACUAACAGAGACAACCUGCUAUGGCAUAUUGCUGGGAACCGGGAGAAAGGUGCGGGCUGAAGGAAUUUGUUCCCAAGCUACACUCGAUUUAGCAACCUUACAAGUAGUGACUGAUUUUUUGCCACUUGAUUUGGGGGGAGCAGAUGUUAUACUCGGCAUAAAGUGGCUUGAAACGUUGGGAAAUAUGCAAGUAAAUUGGCGAACGAUGGUGAUGCGAUUUGGGAUAGCUGGAACGUUGGUCACAUUGCAGGGAGACCCGACUCUCUGUAAAUCACAGAUUUCCCUCAAAGUCAUGAUACGAACAGUCCAAAACGAGGGGCAAGGAUAUUGGGUGCAGCCGAGUUCUUUGGUUCAAGGGGACAUAGAGCCAGCAGAGUUGGGUUCACAAGAAGAGGUGGCAGCAGUUUUGCAGAAACAUGAAGAAGUUUUUAAUAUGCCAGCUGGAUUACCACCCACAAGAGAGCGGGAGCAUGCGAUUACACUGAAAGAAGGGGUCGGGCCGAUUUCAUUUCGUCCUUACCGUUAUGCCCAGGUCCAAAAGGAUGAAAUAGAGCGUUUAAUGGAAGAAAUGUUACAGUCCGGAAUUGUACAGCCCAGUACUAGUCCCUUCUCCAGCCCGGUGUUACUAGUCAAGAAAAAGGAUGGAAGUUGGAGGUUCUGUGUGGACUAUCGUGCACUGAAUAGGGAAACAGUAGCAGAUAAAUUUCCUAUUCUAGUUAUAGAUGAGCUCUUAGAUGAACUACAUGGGGCCACAGUGUUCUCGAAGUUAGACCUCAAGUCAGGUUAUCAUCAGAUUCGAGUAGCAGCAAAGGAUGUAGAGAAAACAGCUUUUAGGACUCAUGAAGGGCAUUAUGAGUUCUUGGUUAUGCCAUUUGGUCUCACAAAUGCCCCCGCGACGUUUCAGGCGCUUAUGAAUGAGGUGUUCCGUGAUUUUUUAAGGAAAUUUGUACUUGUUUUCUUUGAUGACAUUUUAGUUUACAGCCCCACACUGGAAGCCCACGUUGGCCACUUGGAGUUGGUACAUUCACGGCUUCGACAACACGAGUUGUAUGCCAAUAGGAAGAAGUGUUUGUUUGGACAGCCAAGGGUGGAUUAUCUUGGCCAUGUUAUUUCAGCGAACGGAUUCUCAGUCGACCCUAGUAAACUUAAAGUUAUGCAAGAGUGGCCGAUUCCGAAGUCACUUAAGGCGUUGAGGGGUUUUUUGGGGCUGACUGGGUAUUAUCGGAAGUUCGUAAAAGGGUAUGGUGCCAUUGCAAGACCCUUAACAGACCAACUACGCAAAGAGGCUUUUGGGUGGAAUGCGGAAGCGCAAGACGCCUUCGAAAAACUCAAGGCUGCCAUGUGUUCGGUGCCCGUCUUAGCGCUGCCCGAUUUUUCAGCCCCUUUUGUACUAGAGGCGGAUGCGUCCGGAGCGGGUCUCGGGGCUAUAUUAAUGCAGCGACAGCGCCCAAUAGCUUAUUACAGCCAGAUUUUGUCUCAACGGGCUCGCACUAAAUCAGUCUAUGAAAGGGAACUAAUGGCAAUAGUAUUAUAUAUUCAAAAGUGGCGCCCAUACUUAUUAGGGAGGAAAUUUUUGGUGCGAACGGAUCAAAGAAGUCUGAAAUUCUUAUUAGAACAGCGGCUGGUUGCUUCAGAACAUCAAAAAUGGCUGACGAAAUUGUUAGGAUACGACUUCGACAUUCAAUACCGACUGGGUUUGGAAAACAAAGCAGUUGAUGCUUUGUCUAGGGUGUCGCAUGAGGGGGAGCUAGCUGCCAUAUCAAUUCUGACAGUGAUGUCUAUGGCAGAUUUGAAAGCCCAUGUGAUGACUGACCCACAGCUGUCAAAGUUGAUUAAAGAGGUCCAAACGGGGCAAGCUAAGGAGGGGUAUACUUAUAUUCACGGCUGUUUGAAGUACCGAGGCAGGUUGGUAUUGCCUUCCUCCUCUCCAUUUAUUCCAAUACUUUUACAAGAAUAUCAUGGGAGUAACAUUGGGGGAGAUUCGGGAGUCCUUAAGACAUUUCAAAGGGUUGCUAGUGAUCUGUAUUGGCAGGGAAUGAGGCGUGAUAUUCAGGAAUUUGUUGCUGCAUGUGCCAUUUGUCAACAAAACAAGUACUUGGCUCAGUCUCCAGCCGGCUUAUUGUAGCCCUUACCCAUUCCAAAUCAGAUUUGGGAAGACAUUUCCAUGGACUUCAUAGAGGGUCUUCCUCAAUCCAAUGGGUUUGACUCAAUAUUUGUUGUAAUAGAUCGUUUGUCGAAGUAUGGCCACUUUAUUCCUCUUCGCCAUCCAUUCUCGGCUACUACUGUGGCUGCCAUCUUUGUGCGCGAGAUUGUUCGCCUUCAUGGAAUCCCACAAUCCAUUGUAUCGGAUCGUGACAAGAUCUUUCUUAGCUUGUUUUGGAAGGAACUGUUUCGUUUGCAGGGCACAACGUUGAAGCACAGUUCAGCCUAUCAUCCACAGUCCGAUGGGCAAACGGAGGUCGUAAAUCGUUGUUUGGAGAC